AAAAAUUAUUUUCUGACAGCUUUCAUUAAUUUUUUUCAAAACAACCCAUUUUGUAAUAGAAGUAUCUUUGUUCCAAUGUACAUAUAAAUAUAAAUAUAUAUAUUGUGCAUUUAAAGGCAGAGAAAGAAAGAAAAUAGAGGAAAUAGAGAGUAAAUUAAAUUCGUUUUUUCUUUCAUUGGUGUUUCUUAGCAUCUUUGGUAGUAUAAGUGCAUUUCAAUUUUUGGCACUAUUUACCAGUACAAUUUCUAAAAACUAUGACACGGUUGUCUAUCUAUCAGAAAUUUUAGGAUCACCAAUAUGCAGCUGCAAAACAACAAAACCAGAUGGAACUGAACUUUAUAGAUCAUCUGUAAAUCUAAAUCUAAGUGACGAGUAUAGAAUCCCAUAUGAUAUCUUCAAAAAUAUAACUGAAUCCAAGAUAAUUACUCAUAGUUUUACAUGCACUGAAGGAAUGGACUCUGUUUCUUUUGACUUAAAAUCUCUAUUACUUAAUUAUCACAAAAAAAUUGACCUUUCCAUCAAGGCCGAAAUCUCAAGUAUGGAAUCAUCAUCAAGAAAAGUUGACAUGAUUAAUUUACGUUCACAAUUGAAUUGCAAUUAUACCCUCCCUAAUCCUGAUAAAGCAAGUAAAGAUAAAUUGGAAAAAAUUUUCUCUAUGUAUUCUGACGAUACUGUGGUAGUAACUAAACUUGGUUCAGCAAAGUCCGCAUUGAUGAAAUUAACUUGUGCUACAGUUGACUCUUUUGUAUUCAGCAUUGAUAUUCCAAUUUAUUUUACACCUAAUAGUGAUCCAUGGUCUUCUGCAUCUGGGGAUCCACAUUUUCAACAAAUUGUUGUGGAUUAUCCAGCUCUGACAACAAAGUCUAUAUGUUAUGAUGUCACUGGUUCACCUGAAGAAUAUUUAUACAUUGCUGGUUUUACUUUAAGUGGAAUGCAAGUUUAUGGACAGCUUAAUGAUGACUACUACAUGCAUAGGAUUAUUAUAAAAUUUGAUUCUGGUAGAAUAACUGCUUUGACUGAUUAUCUCAUUCUUGAUAAUGGACAAAUAAUAAACUGGACAGAUGAUAUGCAAAAGAUAACUUUUAAAUCAAAACGAUUUGAAUAUUACAUCACCAGAAAUCUUAUCUUUAUAAACUCUUUUGAAAAUCCAGGAAAAAUAAUUCAAAUACAGAAAUCUAUACACUCUUUAUCAGAAAUUCACUUGGAUGUAAGUUUUAAACUAUCACCUAAAGAUUAUAAAAAAAUGGAUGGACUUAUUGGUGAUAUUGGAAAAAAGAAAUAUAUAUUUCACUCAGAAGUUCAAUCUGAUAGGAAUGUUGGAUCAAAGUCAAUUUCAAUUGAAAUUGAUAACAAGUUAAUAAAGGGAGAAAAAGUGGAAAGAAACAAAGAAGAAUGCUGGCUGAUUGAUGUUGAUGAUAUUUUAAAACCAUUUGAAAUAUCAAAAUAUCUAUACAAAACUAUGAAUGUUUUUGAAAAUGUCCUUCCAAACCAAUAGUUUAGACUUAUAUAAUUACUAGACUUUUCUAACUAUUCUGUUUUUAACAAUUUCAUCUUAAAAUUAA